CUGUGCGAGCUCACUCACUCAGCAGGUGUCCACUCCACUCCACUCGAGACAAAGCCAUGGCGUCUCCCGCUCCAAUCCCGGCAACGCCGCUCCUCGCCAUCGCCAUCCUCGCCGUGUUCGUCUCCGCCACCACAGCCGGCCCGGCGUGCUCGGAGUCCGACCGGGACGCGCUGCUGUCGAUCCGCGCGGCGCUGUCGGAGGCGCACCUCGGCGUCUUCUCGACGUGGAAGGGCGCGGAUUGCUGCGCCAACUGGUACGGCGUGAGCUGCGACCCCACGAGCGGCCGCGUGGCCGACCUGACCCUCCGCGGCGAAGCCGAGGACGCCGUGAUGGCCCCCGACGGCCACCCCGCCUCGGGCGUCAUGUCCGGCUACAUCUCCGACCACGUCUGCCACCUCGACGCCCUGUCCUCCCUCAUCCUCGCCGACUGGAAGCAGAUAUCCGGGCCCAUCCCGUCCUGCGUCGCCACCUCUCUUCCCAACCUCCGUAUCCUCGAGCUCCCCGCCAACCGCCUCACGGGCGAGAUCCCGCCGUCCAUCGGCAGCCUCUCCCGCCUCAUCGUGCUCAACCUCGCCGACAACCUCCUCUCCGGCGCCAUCCCCAGCUCCCUCGCCUCCCUCGCAUCCAUCAAGCACCUCGACCUCGCCAACAACCAGCUCACCGGCAGUAUCCCAGCCAACAUCGGCAACCUCGCCACGCUGAGCCGCGCGCUGCUCAGCCGGAACCGGCUGUCGGGGCCCAUCCCUCCGUCCAUCGGGUCCCUCACCCGGCUCGCGGACCUGGACCUCUCCGAGAACCGUCUCACGGGCGCCGUCCCGGACAGCCUCGGGUCGUCGGGCAGCGGCGUGCUCACGUCGCUGCACCUCGGCGGCAACCGCAUCUCCGGGCGGAUCCCGGCGAAGGUGCUGGGGGAGAAGGGGCUCGCGAUCGUGAACCUGAGCCGGAACGCCGUGGAGGGCCCCAUCCCGGACGCGUUCACGGGCAGGUCCUACUUCAUCGUGCUGGACCUGUCGCGGAACCGGCUGACCGGCGGCGUGCCGCGGUCCCUGGCGUCGGCGGCGUACGUGGGGCACCUGGACCUCAGCCACAACCGGCUGUGCGGCACCAUCCCGGCGGGCCCGCCGUUCGACCACCUCGCCGCCGAGUCCUUCGCCAGCAACAGCUGCCUCUGCGGGGCCCCGCUCGGCAAGUGCACGUGAACGAGAGGUGGAUCGCCGGAGCCAUCCGAUCGCGUCGACCCGACUUCGGGUGAUUUUUACUACCGUGGCGCCCGUGCGUGUGUGAUAUACUGUGCUGAUGAUGUACCGUAGCCCGGUAGCCGUGUACCGAGGUCCAAGUGCCAACUGUGUGCUUAACUUUUACUACUACCUUCGUUUAGGUGAAUAAGUCAUUCGCGUAGUUCUAGGUCAUUGAUUUGAGGAAUUAAAUAUGUGUUAUAUGUCAUGAAAAGUAUAUCACUGAAUUUCUACA